AGCAGCUUAAUAGCCAUAAAUCAUCCAACCGUACCAAUAGACCUGGUGCUUCCGUUAUAUCCAUACACCAGUCUUUAUAUAAUCGACAACUGAAACUCCAGUCAAGAUGGGCUGCGGAAUGAGCACAGAGGAGAAGGAGGGCAAGGCCCGUAACGAGGAGAUUGAGAACCAGCUCAAGAGGGACAAGAUGAUGCAGCGAAACGAGAUCAAGAUGCUUCUUCUGGGUGCUGGUGAAUCCGGAAAGUCAACCAUCUUGAAGCAAAUGAAGCUCAUCCACGAGGGCGGCUACUCGCGCGACGAGAGGGAAUCCUUCAAGGAGAUCAUCUUCAGCAACACUGUCCAGUCGAUGCGCGUUAUUCUUGAGGCCAUGGAGUCCCUUGAGCUGCCGCUUGAGGAUCAACGCAUGGAGUACCACGUUCAGACCAUCUUCAUGCAGCCCGCCCAGAUUGAGGGUGAUGUGUUACCACCCGAGGUCGGUAAUGCCAUUGAGGCCCUCUGGAAAGACCGUGGUGUGCAAGAGUGUUUCAAGCGUUCGCGUGAAUACCAGCUCAACGACUCUGCCCGAUACUACUUCGACAACAUCGCCAGAAUUGCCGCUCCUGACUACAUGCCUAAUGAUCAAGAUGUCCUGCGAUCUCGUGUCAAGACAACCGGUAUCACGGAGACGACUUUUAUCAUUGGCGAUCUGACCUACAGAAUGUUCGAUGUCGGUGGUCAGCGAUCUGAGAGAAAGAAGUGGAUUCACUGCUUCGAGAAUGUCACCACCAUCCUCUUCCUUGUCGCCAUCUCCGAGUACGAUCAACUGCUCUUCGAAGAUGAGACCGUCAACCGUAUGCAAGAGGCUUUGACCCUGUUCGACUCCAUCUGCAACUCGAGGUGGUUCAUUAAGACUUCCAUCAUCUUGUUUUUGAACAAGAUUGAUCGCUUCAAGGAGAAGCUCCCUGUUAGCCCCAUGAAGAACUACUUCCCUGAUUACGAGGGCGGUGACGAUUACGCCGCUGCUUGCGACUACAUCCUGAACCGAUUCGUAAGCCUCAACCAGCACGAGACCAAGCAAAUCUACACACAUUUCACUUGUGCUACGGAUACGACGCAAAUCCGUUUCGUCAUGGCUGCUGUCAAUGAUAUCAUCAUUCAAGAGAACCUGCGUCUCUGCGGUCUCAUCUGAUUUCAUUUGAUUGUUUACGCGA